CGCAGGGCAAUGUCGGCAUGGCUGGAUCGGAGUGGAAGCGUGUGGGGCUACGACAAGGCGAUGAAGAUAGCGUCCUACCUGUUGCCUCUAGUCGCUCAGACUUGCCCUCAUCGCCUUCAGACUCUCAAAGAGGCGCUGAAGCUCUUCGGAAGCCACUUCUCUAUGUACCGGGUGACGACAAGGCUGGGAGGCAGCCCCUUCGGCCUUCCAUCAGAGCUUGACAACAUUAUUAACAGCAGCUGGGUGGGUGGUUGGAAAGACAAUGUCAUCCGACGAUGCGUUAUCCUCCAAUCAUACACCAUGCUGGGAUACUACCCCCUGGAGCAUGCAGUUUGGGCGGGAACUAUUGCACCCAAGCUCUUCCCUCUUGACGUGGCAACUCUUUCCCGGCUUUCUUGCGUAUUUUGGGUGCUUUGGAUUGUGAUUGACAUAUACGCAACACAUCGAAGAUGGCAAGAAUUGAAACGGAUGGAGACAAAGCUAAAGAUGAACGGAUCGCUUACAGCUAACAACAAAGCCAAGAUCGAACGGAGCAGAAGAUCGCUAAUCCGUUACACCUUGCGUCUCGUCUUGUACCUUCCCAACGCUAUUCACUGGACGUUAGAUGAGAAGAGCAAGUUUGCUCUUGCCGACUGGAUGGUGAAUGCUCUUGGCCUUGCUGAAGCUGUUCUUGGAACAUACACUUAUGUGAAUGGGGACUCUAUUUCUCGUCCCAAGAUUGAAGAGUAAAAAAUGCUGGAGGCUUUAUUUCAUAGGAUGAUGAGGCCCUUGAGAACAAGGAAAGAUUACUUCAAGCUGCUGAAGAACAAUGGAUUUCUCGACGUAACUCCUUCGAGCGCAGAAGACAAGCAUGUCAAAAAAAUUUGUACAUUGAUGUGUUUGUUCAUGGUCAUGCCACAGUGUAUCACUGUAUUAUCCUUCCUCGUUCGUUUGUACUAUCGAACAUGAACUUCUUGAAACUCAGCACGAUCUUACACAUCGCCAAGUUUGUGUCUUCGUCUUCGUCUUCCCC